GGCGUUUGUUUUGGCUAGGCAACUGUCAUGGUGGAAUGUUUUGAUGGCAUUUUACUGACAGUAUGAACGUGUGCGAUUGUGUGUUGUUGUUUACUCCACCGAAAGGCAGAGGCGAUCCUAAUUUCAUUACGCACCACACAGCCGAAUAAUAGCGCGAUUGAAAAGAACGAAAUGCUGACGUGAAAGUGAUUCACCAAAGCUUUCAACACCUGUACCGUCCCGUUUUUCAGGGGGCUCUGUUCCCGAAGUCGUGCAUCGUAUUCAAUCCACAACCAUGUCCUUCCUUGGGCUUUUGAGCUACGUUUCGCUGCUGGUGCAGAUUUGCUUCGCUACCGUCUCGAUAGCCGCCGGACUGUACUAUUUGGCUGAGCUGGUGGAAGAAUACACGGUCAUGGCAAAGAAAGUCAUCAGCUGGAUGGUAGGAGUAACUGCCACACUGUAUGUGAUAUUUAUCUUCACCGAAAACUUCUCCUGGACCAUGUUGCUCUGUGGACUCGGAGCACAAAUACUGCACGGGCUCAUCCUAACCGACUUUCCUUACGUGCGGUUUCUUUCACCGGCAUUUAUCAGCGCGGUACUGUUGCUGGUAGCGAACCAUUAUCUCGCCUUCGUGUACUUUCAGCUACAGUAUCAUACCUUUACGGAAGUGCUGGCAUACUUUACGCUUUGCCUGUGGCUCGUUCCAUUCGCAUUGUUUGUGUCACUUUCCGCAAACGAUAAUGUGCUGCCGACGAGUAACGAGCGAACGCAUCUGCUCGGUGGCAAUGACGAUGUAGUAACUAAUUAUUUUUCCAGUCGGAAGAAGAUGGGUCUUCUUUCGUUGUUCAGUUACGCAAAAGAAAGCUUGCUACCCGAGCGCAACAAGAAAGCGUUUUAAUCUGUGUGGUUCACACACACGAUAAUCAUGACGAUCAGUGAUCUCACGAUUAUGGACAGUUAUCCUUGGCGGUAAACAUGCAUUCGACUUGUAUAUCAUUUCUAUUUAUUACGAUACAAAAACCCCUACAUAGGAAUAAUAAUAAAAU